GGCAGAGCUAGCCCUUAAAGGAGCCGCAACCCCUAAGCAGACCAAGGGUAGCUCGGAUGAUGGCGGCCGCUUCGGUCCUAGCCGUGGCACUGUGGCUAUUACUACUUCCAGUGGAUGUGGCGGGGGGGGGGGCCCCCCCCCCGCCGAUUCAAGAUGGCGAGUUCACGUUCCUGUUGCCUGCAGGGAGGAAGCAGUGUUUUUACCAGUCUGCGCCAGCCAAUGCAAGCCUUGAGACUGAGUACCAGGUGAUUGGAGGUGCUGGGCUGGACGUAGAUUUCACACUGGAGAGCCCUCAAGGUGUGCUUUUGGUCAGCGAUUCCCGCAAGGCUGAUGGGGUGCACACGGUGGAGCCCACAGAGGCGGGAGACUACAAGCUUUGUUUUGACAACUCCUUCAGCACCAUCUCUGAGAAGCUAGUGUUCUUCGAACUCAUCUUUGACAGUUUGCAAGAUGAUGAGGAGGUGGAGGGCUGGGCAGAGGCGGUGGAGCCAGAGGAGAUGCUGGAUGUCAAAAUGGAGGACAUUAAGGAGUCCAUUGAGACCAUGAAGAGCAGGCUGGAGCGCAGUAUCCAAAUGUUGACACUGCUUCGGGCCUUUGAGGCACGUGACCGCAACCUGCAGGAGGGCAACCUAGAGCGGGUCAACUUUUGGUCAGCCAUCAACAUGGCUGUCCUACUGCUGGUGGCUGUGCUGCAGGUCUGCACAGUCAAGCGCUUCUUCCAGGACAAGCGCCCUGUGCCCACGUAGCCUGUGCCCUAGAAGGAAGUAUGAGAAACAGGAGGGCCAGUGGGACCUGGGUGUGUACAACUUGGGGGAGGAUGCUUCCCCAGCUUAGCUUCCUGCAAGGGAAGGCUGUGUAGUCAGGGCCUGAGACAGGCCCCAUGCAUCUCCUCCCUUCCUGGGCAGGCAACAGACACCAGUAGCUUGCUGGCCUCUGUCCUCUGGGUGGGGUGGCUCAGCAGCUAUUAUCUACUCCCCUGGAAAUCAUGCUGGGGGAGUCACUGCAGCAUUGCAAUGUGACCAUUGGAUUUUCUGGCCUCCCUUAUUGUAAAUGUGCCUUAACCGAAGUCUUUUAGCCUGCGUCAGUGCUGCCCUGUGUGGGAUAAGGCCCGGGAAACAAAUCCUGCCCUUCCCUGCCUGGUUCCCUAUGCCAGAUCAUGCUGGGAGGGGGCCUGAUGCUUGUUCUAGGGGCUGGGAAGGAAACACAACUGCAGAAUUGUUGCCAGGAUAGUUGCUUUAUUCAUUAAGAAGGGGCCCUGGUCCCUCAACCCAUGGCGGGGGUGGGAGGUGAGGCAGCUGCUUGUGAGUUCUGGUGACAGAACUCCAGGAGGGGGCUUCCAAGACCCCCCUGCUCAUCCCCUUCUUCCUGUAGUGGCCCCAGACAGGGCUAAGGGAUGUCCCAGCCAAAGCCCAACCAGGAGCCUCAAGGAACAAAGGACUGUCUGGCUUGGGCACAGGAGUCAAUAAAUUAUGGACAGAAAA